AUGUCUGACUUUGGCGAUUUCAACACACCUUCCGAGGAUCCUACUGCCGACUUUCUUGCUCGUGAAAGAGCAGCUUUAGGCGAAGAUGCUGAUUUAUUCAACACUGAACCCAUUCAAUCACCUGCAGUUACUAAUCUGAUGACACCUUCCACUUUGCCCAUGUCUCCCUCGGUCUUUACUGAACCAACUCCAACCAUGUCCACUCCACCUGUGGAUAAUACAUACUCUUCAUUUGAAGCAGAAUUCCCCAAGGCUGAAGAAUUAGAAACCUCACAGGCAUUCUAUAAGGCUUUAUUACCAGAAGAAGAACCAGAGACAGUUCGUCAAUGGCGCGAGAAACAAGCUGAAGUAAUUGCCGAGCGUGAUGCUGUUUCCUCAAAGAAGAAGGAAGACCUCGUUAAACAGGCUCGUGAGGAAAUUGACAAGUUUUAUGAAGAUUAUAACGAUAAGAAGCAAAGAGCGAUUGAAGAAAACAGAGCUCGUGAAGAGUCAACCGAAAAGAACCGUGAAAAUAUAUCUUCUUCAAGCAAUGUUUGGGAGCGUGUUGUGAGUGAAGUUGAUAUUAAAAGUGCCAAGACAGGUUAUCAUACAAGAGAUGUUUCUCGCAUGAAGGAACUCUUGCUUGAUCUUCGAAAGGAUACGUCUGCUCCUGGAAAUGUUGUAGCUUAA